AUGAGACUGUUGGUGGCGUGUGACGAUAGCGGUAGCAUAAAGGAAGUCGUAUGCAACCGAAAGACCGAUACUUCGAUUCAAAAGGCGCUUCAGCCGCUCCAUGUCGGUGUACACCUGUCAGAAGGCCUGCAUAGCCGAGUUCAGGACAUGGCGUUGAUUUCAGAGACCCUUCUGGUAGUUUCCAGGGCCAAUGGUUUGGUUCAGCUUAUAGAAAUCAACCAGGUGGCUCGCGAUCUAGGCGACAAAAACGUCGACCUCGAACCCAAAUUCGAAAUCUCCGAUUUAAAGGUGAUAUCAUCGGUACAAGGACUUCUAGACGAUGCUCCGCUACUGAGUAUACACAAAAAUUCCAAGAAGAGAUCCAAGCCUAGAGAUGGAUUUGUAGCGCUCCGUCUCGUUCCUGGGUACACCAACCGCAUUUUGUGUGCUACGAAAUCUGGCCAGAUACACAUAUUAAGUCUACAUGACAGAAGUCUUCAAAUACUAAAAUCUCAUCGCGUAACUGCACCUUUAGAAUUUGCUCAAAUCUAUGAUAACGUUGUCUCGAAACAGAAAAAAAAGUCUACAUCCGUCACACUCGCGUACGGAGGAGAAGAAAACUUGGUAAAGAUUGUGAGAAUUUCUGGAAACUUUGAGACCAUGGAAAAGAUUUGGGAAGCAAAAAAUGUAUCUAACGAUAGACUUGACCUCAAAGUACCUGUCUGGCCGAUGAAGCUCAGGUUUUUAGACCCAGUACCUGAUGCUGACUCUUCAAAAGUUAAUUUCCAAUUCGUCACUAUAAAUCAUCUGGGUCACCUGCGCAAUUACCAAACCACGAGAGGCCGUAAACCCAUAUCAUCUCAGCCUCUUCUGGCCAAAAAUGAAAUUGCUACUCAGCUUCAAGUCAUCAAUUGCGACCUAACACCUCUGAAUAAUGUUAAGUCUGCUAGGUUCGAUGAUCUUAAGUUCGUCAUUGCUGACUCCAAAAAGAAUGUUCUAUCAGUCGAUUCCUCUGCCAACGUCUUGGGCAAGUUCGGAAAUGGUGACAUCACUGGCUCGCCUUCAUUUGUAAACGUGGUUGAUCAAAAAUAUUUGCUAGAAGGCGGACUAGAUAGUUACGCUCGUGUGUUUGAUGUCAGCUCCCGCGAACCGCUUUGUAAGUGUUACAUGGGCGCCAAGCUCAGCUCUAUGUUGCUACUAGACGACGAGGAAAUCGAUCUUCCUCAGUCAGAAACUACCGGCAAAAAGAGAGUAUUCAAGCAAAGAGAUGAGAAAGUAGAGGCUAUAGAAAAUGAAGAAAUCUGGCAAGCCUUGGAAAGCUCAGCAAAAAAGGCUAAAAAGGAUUGA